UGCUACAGCUAAACAGAACGCACACAUCACUGAAGUCAGGCAGAGCAACUGGACAAGAACUCUAAUGUCUAUCUGUGUCAUACUGGGACUGCUGGUCUGCAUCCAGGCACCAGGGUCCAGUGCUGUGACUCCUGUGUUUGUGCAGAAGGGAAAGGAUGUGCUUCUGAAUGCCAGGACAGCUGAGGAUUUUGAGGAAGAUGCCAUUGUCAUGUGGAACUUUGCUACAAAUGAUGUUGUUUUGGUAAGAUUUAUACCUGAGAAAGAGCCAAUAAUCCCUCCUCUUUACACUGGAAGGAUCGAGUUUUCUGUGAAAAAUUACUCCCUGAAUCUGAAGAAUCUACAAGAGGCAGAUGAAGGAGUUUAUACUGCACAAGUGGUAGGGAAACGAACCGUUCUCACUAAAUACAACAUCAGCAUUCAAGAUCCAGUGUCUCCAGUGAACCUGACAGUGUCCAAAACCUCAGACUCCUGCAACCUCUCGGUGACCUGCAGGACACUGGACUCUCACAUCAACAGCACUUUUAGAUGUGACGCCAAAACCUGCAGCGGGGAGGGAGGAGAGCGAUCAGAGGUCUCAACCUCUGGUGCUUCUCUCCGCGUCUACCUGGUGAACGACUUGAUCUUCUGUAACCACAGCAACCAGGUCAGCUGGACCGAGGACUCUGCAACGAUUGAACGUUUCUGCCCCAGACGUGCUGGUUCAGAGGGGGUCCCUGCUGGUAUCUCUGUGUGCCUGGUGAAGACAGUCGUGUUCUCCGUCGGCCUGAUCAUCAUGGUGUCCGCCGUCAUCAGUGUUCAAAUGAUGGAGAAGAAGACUAAGAAGCAAAAGUGAACAAAUAUACCCAUUCUUUACCGACCAGUUUUGCAUGUUGUGUAUCGCACAUUCUUUACUUAAAGUUUCUCUGCUGAGUCUGUAGUGUGUAUAUAUGAGUGAGUCUCUGUUGUGUUGGUGCUGUGGACGUGCGAGCCUGCAGGGGCGGCGUGCUCAUUUCUGCGGAUGAUUUCAAUGCUAUUCCGCUGACAUUUGGUGACUGCCACACCACGAAAUGUUGACAGAGGCAGCAGAAGACUGCAAGCCAGCAAACAUGCAUUUAACCAAUGCGGGAUUUAAAACAUGGAAUGGAUUUAACACUUUUCUGAGGCUUCAAAGAUACGAUUACAAUACAUUUUGGCAAGUAACACUUAAAAGACAGAUUACCUUUGUUUCUUUACUGAACUACUUUAUAAAUAAAAUGAGUGUAAAGAGAUGACCAUAUUAGAUAACACUGAAGGAUAUCCAUUUUUUAUAAUCAAGACUAUAGAAGAACUUACAAGAAAUAGCCUUCAAUACACUAUAUGCAACAAUGCAUGUUGUCAUAUUUACAAAUUCUCAAAGAGAUUGCAUAUAUGUAUGUUUUGUAAAUCACACUGAUAAUUCCUCAUAUUUGUUUAAGCAUGUUUUUAAUGUUCACACAAACUAAGCAAAGCAGUUUCUGGCACAUGGGCCAUCAUUGGAUUCUUAAAAGCCAUCCUACUCAUCCUUUUUUUCCACUCUGGUACUGCUGAACUGCAUUUCCUUGUACUCUGCGCA